GCUCCCUGGUUGCCACACCAGAAUGGAGACCUCCAGGAACGGACGGCUGUCACCCCGGCUCGUGCUCUGCUGUGCCUUCUGGGGACUCUGCCUGGCCUUUCCAGAAUACGAUGAUUACUCUCAGAACGCCACCAACGAGCAGGUAAUGACACCAGAGAUCACACCGUGUCCCCGAGCCAUCCCAGGGGAAAAGAUAACGAUAAACAACAUCACGUACCUGUUGAUACACGAAGCCACCCGCUCUCAGCUGAAUAGCGUGGUCACCGUGCGGCUCAUCCCCUGCCUCUACACCCUCGUCUUCCUUGUGGGGCUGCCUUCAAACGGGCUGGCCCUGUGGGUCCUGGCUACCAGGGCUGAGAAGCUGACCUCCACUGUCUUCCUGAUGAACUUGGCUGCAGCAGACCUGCUGCUCAUCUUGGUGCUGCCCUUCAAGAUUUUCUACUAUUUCCUGGGGAACAACUGGCCCUUUGGGGAAGGCCUGUGCCGGGUCACCACGGCUUUCUUCUAUGGGAACAUGUACUGCUCAGUGCUGCUGCUCACGUGCAUCAGUGUCGACCGGUAUCUGGCUGUGGUGCAUCCUUUCUUCUCCCGUUCUUUCCGCACCCCUGCCUUUGCUGCCUGUACCUGCGCUGCCAUCUGGCUCUGUGCUGCUGCCCUCACCCUGCCCCUGACUCUGCAGCAGCAGUCGUAUCCCCUGUACAGAGCAGACACCACCCUGUGCCACGACGUUCUCCCCAGGCACGAGGAUGACGGGUAUUAUUUCUACUAUUUCAUCUGCCUCAUUGCCUGCGCUUUCCUUGCUCCUCUGGUGGUGAUGCUGUUCAGCUACUGCUCAGUAUUGCGAGCCCUCCUGGACAACGGCAAGCGGUACUCCUACUCCAUGAAGCUCACAGCUCUCGUGCUGUUCACACUCGUGGCCUUCUACACACCCAGCAACGUUCUCCUCCUCGUUCAUUACUCCAGCUAUCACUCCAAGCUGUACGGUAACCUGUAUAUCAGCUACAUGGUGAGCCUGGCCAUCAGCACCUUUAACAGCUGUGCUGACCCCUUCGUCUACUACUAUGUUUCUGAAGAUUUCCGGGAUAAGGUGAGGAGGAGAUUCUUCAAUCACAGCAAAAAAACCACCACAUCCUUAAAAACCUCCAAAGAAACUCUCCCUCAGAAAAGUUCCAAGGAUUUGCUGGUAUGA